AUGAAGCCUACCACGCCACAGGCACAAACUCUUCUCAAUUCCGACUAUGGGAAGAGCUCCAAGCAGCUCAUCGACAUCGUCGGCCAGCUUCGCGCUCUCGGCGCCCACCUCGACAACAUUGAGCUCCCCCGUGUCGUGGUCAUCGGCAACCAGAGCGCGGGCAAGUCUAGUCUUGUCGAGGCCAUCUCUGGCAUAAGUGUCCCGCGCGACGCGGGCACGUGCACGCGCUGCCCGAUGGAGUGCCGCCUCUCGCACUCUACCGGCUCAUGGACGUGCCAGAUCAAAAUCCGCACAGAGUACGCAGCGGACGGGUGUUCACGUCUCGACGAGGUCACAGAGCUCCCUUUCGGUCCGUGUCUGACGGACAAGAAUGAGGUCGAGCCAAUGCUGCGUCGCGCGCAAGCCGCUAUCCUCAACCCGCACAUGCCAGCCGCAAGCUUCGUGAAUAUGGACAACGCCGACAUAGGUGGCGCGUCUGUGGGCGGCAAGAAGCCACUUGCGUUCUCCAGGAACAUCGUGUGCGUGGAGCUCUCGGGGCCGGAGCUCGCGGACUUAUCCUUCGUGGAUCUCCCAGGUAUUGUACAGAACGCUGAAAAGGAAUUGGUGACGCUUGUCGAAGACCUCGUCAAGUCGUACAUUAGCGGCAACAGUCUCAUUCUCGUCACUCUGCCCAUGAGCGACGACAUCGAAAACCAGAAGGCUGCGCGUUUGGCUAAGGAGGCAGACCCAAGCGGCGAGCGCACAAUAGGCGUCAUGACCAAGCCCGACACGCUCUCCGCGGGCUCUACGAAGGCGCGCGACCUGUGGCUCGAGGUACUUGAAGGUCGCCGCCACCCUCUGCGGCACGGCUACUACUGCACGCGUCAACCGGACGACGACGAGCGCGCGCGGGGCGUGUCUGGGAUAGCAGCGCGCGACGCCGAGCUCGCGUUCUUCCGGAGCACACCGCCGUGGGCCACGUCCAGCCACCAGCGUCGGUUUGGGACGACCCACCUCGUGCAGAACGUUAGCAAGCUUUUGACGCAGAUCAUCCGGAAGGCCCUUCCCACUAUCAGAGAGCAGGUGGCGCUGAACCUCGCGGGCUGUACCUCGCACCUUGACCGGCUGCCUGAGCCCAUCACGGACGAUCCUGCAUCGUUUGUGUACAAGAUCGUCACCGAUUUUUGCAUCGAGCUCAACGAGAUGGUGCGGGGUUCUCCGGAGAACGCGGAGCUGGUGCAAGCGUCGCGCCGUGCAUUCUGCGAAUUCAAGGCUGCGAUUCACGACUCCGCGCCUCCAUUCGUUCCAUACGAGAACGCGCACAAAAUCCCGGGCAAACUCGUGAUCGCGAAUUCGGUCGCCGCGAGGGCAGUGAUGUACCUGGAGGACGUGCGUGCACACCUUGCAGCUUCGAUCACGCGCGAGCUUCCCGGGAACGUCCCAUAUGCUGCAAAGCUCAGGCUCCUCGAGAGGUUCCAGGAGACCUGGGAUGAUAGCACUCUUCGGUGCUUCCGCGCCGUCGAACAGGAGUUCAGCAAAUUUAUUGUCCUUCUCGUCCACUCUCAUUUCGAGCGCUACCCGAGUCUCGCGUCCAUCAUCAAACCGGUCAUGGUUGACCUCGCACACGGCUGCGCCGCGGACACGAUCGCGCAGCUCCGGUUCCUGCUCAGGCUCGAAACGACGCCAUUUACCCAGAACGAUCACUACUUCAACGCCUACCGUGACAAGUGGCUCGCCAAGUUCAAGGACGCGCGCGCAGGCGACUGGACUAUCCUCGACCUCGAGCCCUGCCUCACCAUCAAGCGCUCCCCCGUGCCAUCUGUCGUAGUGGAGGCCUCCGAUUCAACACCCGCGAUGCCCACGAGCCCGCACCAGAAGCGUGGGCAGGCAACCCAGGUCCAGACGGAGCCGAAGCGGCGCAAGGCAAGGACGACUACACGCACGCCAGCAACGCCAGCAGCCCCCGCGGAUGACCCGCCCCCAAGCACGCCGCAGUCGGUCUUUGGAAAACGUGCGCCGACGAAUGUUCUUGCGACGCCGACAGCGGUCUCGCCGCCAAAUCUGGCGUCCACGUUCUUCAAGCCGGCGGCGGCGAAGCUCAGCCAGGAGGAGCACGACGCGCUUGUGCCAGAGGCGCUCGCGACACUCGCGCGGCUCGGGUACACGGGCUUGACGGAAGAGGACCUCGGGCGGCUGAGGCAGGCGGACGAGUAUGAGGACGAACUCGCGGUGAUGGCGGAGGUCCGCGCAUACUUCCAGGUCGCGUACAAGCGGGUGAUUGACUACAUCCCGAUGGCGAUCGACCACCAGUUCCUGUUCAAGGUCGCGGAGGCCGCGCGGACGCGGCUGCCGGCGCGGCUGGGGAUCGUGGGGACGCCAAACGCGACGGAGAAGUGCGCGGCGUACAUCGAGGAGGAUGCGGGGAUCGUGGCGUUGCGAGACGAGCUGACCGCGAAGAAGAAGCGGCUUGAGGCGGUGAACGGGAAGCUGCAGGAGUUCGGGAUGCCUGUGUAG